CCACUUUUUAAAAGAGAAAAAGCAAAAAGAUAAAGGAAAAAAAAGUGAUUUUUGAGAUUGGGUUUUUGAUAAAUACUGUGAUUAGAUACCCUUCUUCACUUUCCUCUUCUUUCUUCCAUUUUGAAGGCAGGUAAAUUUCUCGAAGACCCAAUUUUUUUAUAUGUUAGUUUAAUGGAUUGUUAAAAAGAAAAAACGGUUUUGGUUGUGGAGGAUAUUGUGUUCUUGUGCUGUGAAAAGGAAAGAUUUUGUUUUGAGCAUUGUUUUGAUUUUUUGGGGUUCCAGAGUUAUAGUUUUAUGAUGUGUAGGAUGUUAGAAAGCAACCAUUUGAAGAUGUUUCGGGUUCAUCAUCAGCAAAUCAUGCAAAAAGAUGGUUACUUUCAAUACCCACCUCCUCUUCCUCCAUCUCCUUUAACUGCUACGGCUUUUCAUAGAGAUUCAAACCCUUCACCACCGUCAUCUUCUGGUACAAGAAUCAGUCCUGCUGUUCUUUUUAUUAUUGUAAUCUUGGCUGUUCUGUUUUUCAUCUCUGGUCUUCUCCAUCUUCUUGUUAGAUUCCUUAUAAAGCAUCCAUCUUCAUCUACAUCUUCUCAAUCUAAUACUAGAUACCCUGACAUGUCCACCUCUGAUGCUCUUCAAAGACAACUCCAACAGCUGUUCCACCUCCAUGAUUCUGGUUUAGAUCAAGCUUUCAUUGAUGCUUUACCUGUUUUCCAUUACAAGGAAAUUGUUGGUCCCAAGGAGCCCUUUGACUGUGCUGUCUGUUUAUGUGAGUUUUCUGAGAAAGAUAAGCUGAGAUUGCUUCCUGUGUGUAGCCAUGCCUUUCAUAUAAACUGUAUCGACACUUGGCUGUUGUCGAAUUCAACAUGCCCUCUCUGUAGAGGCACCCUUUUUGCUCCUGGGUUCUCAAUGGAGAAUCCAGUCUUUGAUUUUGAUGACAUUAGGGAAGAUGAAGGGUGUGGUGGCAAUGGUGAAAAUGGGUACACCCCUUGUCAGAAAACUGUGGAAAUGGAGGAAAUUGUUGUUGACAAAGGGGUCUUGCCGGUUAGGCUAGGGAAAUUCAGAAGGCUAAGUGGUGAACCGGAUGAGGCUGGUGGUGAAACCAGUAGCAGCAACUUGGAAGCAAGGAGGUGUUUUUCAAUGGGUUCAUAUCAGUAUGUGCUUGGCAAUUCUGAUCUGAGGGUUACCCUCUCUAAUGGUCGACACAGCGGCCAACACCGUGGCGAUGCUGUCAAGCUAUCUAGAGGUUCGGAACAGAAUGGGAAUUCAUCGGCGGAAAGAGAUGCCGAGGAGAAGAAGAUUAGUAGUAUGAGUAAAGGGGAAAGCUUUUCGGUUUCCAAGAUCUGGCUUUGGUCUAAGAAAGGCAAAUUCUCAAGCUCUUCAGAUGCUCAAAUUGGUAUGCCAACCUCUCUUAACUCAGACCUCCCCUGGCUGAAGAAAUCACAAGAACAAUGAAAGGUUAACGUUAACCUUAAACAAUUGAUCAAAUAUAACUUUAUUGUGCUUUAUCUUGGCUUCUUAUGUCACAUGUUUCUUUCCUGAAAUGUGAAACUUGAAAAAUUACUCACCAAUCACCACAGCCAUUUCCUUUUGUUUGUAAAAACUUGAAUGGAAUGAGAAGAAUAGAAUUCAUGUAGGAAAAAAGGGCCAUUUUGUACUACUGAAAUUCAUGUUAUCAUGUCCUGUAAAAGAAGAUAUUUCAUACAUAUUUUUUCCACGGUUUUGCA